AUGGCGGACCCUGAGCUGUUUGUGACCCGGCCGCCCUCCUCCACAGGGGAGGGCCGGGAGGUAGACCUGGAGGUGCUGGGCUUCCUGGCGUCCCUGGGGGGGGACAAUAGCACGGCGGAGCGCUGCUACCGGGCCCACUCCCGCAGCAGCGUGCUGCAGGGCCUGCCCUUCGGAGGCGUGCCCACCGUGUUGGCCCUCAACCUGGUGCUGUGGAUGUUACUUCUGCUGAUCUUCUCCUGUCUGAGGAAGGCUGCGUGGGACUACGGGCGUCUGGCUCUGCUGAUGGAGAACGACAGUCUCACGUCCCUGUUCUAUGGAGAACCCGGCGAGAAGGAGAAGUCUCCUUCAGAGUCCAGCCCGUCCGAGUCUGAGAUCAAAGACAUGGGUUUCUGCGCGUGGCUGGCAUCACUUUGCCAUAUGAAGGACGAGGAGAUCCGCAGCAAGUGUGGCUUGGACGCUGUGACCUACCUGUCCUUCCAGCGCCACGUCAUCCUGCUCAUGGCCGUGGUCUGCCUGCUCUCCCUGGCCGUGGUCCUGCCCAUCAACCUCUCCGGCGACCUACUGGGAGACAGUCCCGAAAACUUUGGAAGAGCAACAAUGGCCAAUCUGAGUGAGAAGGACGGAUUUCUGUGGCUGCACAGCGUCUUCGCCCUGCUCUACUUCAUCAUCACCGUGCUCUGCAUGCUCCACCACUCGGCCAAGCUGCAGUACGGAGAGGAUGAGAAGGUAGCCAGAACCCUGAUGAUAACCUCCAUCCCUCGAGAGAUCUCCGACCCGGGACUCAUCACCAAACACUUCCAUGAGGCCUACCCAAGCUGCACCGUCACCGACAUCCACUUCUGCUUCGACGUGAACCAGCUGAUGAGGCUGGACCUGGAGAGGAGAAAGGCGAUGAAAGGCCGAUUGUAUUUUGCAACAAAGGCGCAAAAGGAGGGCAAGAUCAUGAUCAAGACGCAUCCCUGUGCACAGAUCUUCUGCUGUGACUUCUGUGGCUUCGAACAGGUGGAUGCAGAGCAGUACUACAGUGAGUUAGAGGAAAAGCUAACGGAUGAAUUUAACGCAGAGAAGAAUCGCAUCCCUCUGAAGAGAUUGGGCAUCGCUUUUGUCACCUUCCGCGACGACAGGAUGACAGCAGUUAUCGUCAAGGACCACAGCCGCGUGCAUUGCCGCCGGCAAGCCCAGCAGUCAAGCAUCACCACUGUGGUGCAGUCGCACAACUGGGGAGUCACCUACGCCCCGGCCCCCAGUGACAUCAUCUGGGAGAACCUGUCUCUGUGCGGCUCCCGCUGGUGGCUCCGCUGUGUCCUCCUCAACAUCCUCCUCUUCCUCCUGCUCUUCUUCCUCACCACACCGGCCAUCAUCGUCAACACCAUGGACAAGUUCAACGUCACCAGACCUGUGGAGAGUCUCAGGAGCCCGGUCAUCACCCAGUUCUUCCCCACCCUGCUGCUGUGGGCCUUCUCGGUGCUCCUGCCCUUCAUCGUCUACUACUCGUCCUUCUUUGAGUCCCACUGGACCAGGUCUGGGGCGAACCAGAUCACCAUGCACAAGUGCUUCUUACUGCUGGUCUUCAUGGUGAUCAUUCUGCCGUCGCUGGGCCUCUCCAGCUUGGACCUGUUCUUCAGAUGGCUCUUUGACGUAAACUUCCUGGACGACAGGGAGGUCAAGUUCCAGUGUGUGUUUCUGCCCGACAACGGCGCCUUCUUCGUCAACUACGUCAUCACGGCCAGCCUGAUCGGCACCGCCAUGGAGCUGCUCCGCAUCCCGGCCUUGGCGGUCUACUCCACCCGCCUCUGUCUCGCCAAGUCCAAGGCGGAGCGCAUUCACCUCAAGCGGAGCCAGGCCUAUGAGUUCCAGUUUGGUCUGGAGUAUGCGUGGACCAUGUGUAUCGUUGCCGUCAGUAUGACCUACAGCAUCACCUGUCCCAUUAUAAUGCCCUUUGGGCUCCUGUACGUCGUGCUGAAGCACAUGGUGGACCGCUACAACAUCUACUACGCCUACGUCCCCACCAGGCUCAGCCAGCGCAUCCACCGGGCCGCCAUCGCCCAGGUCGUCGUGGCACCCAUCCUCUGCAUCUUCUGGCUCCUCUUCUUCUCUGUGCUCAGACUAGGCCCGAUGCAUCCCAUCACGCUGUUCACCUUCUCGUCUCUGGUCUGCUGCGUGACCUUCGCCCUCUUCCGCCUGUUCCUCAGGAAGCAGCCGGACAAGUCGUCGAGCUACCCGAUGGCUGACCAACCGACCGAGGCAACUCUGAGUGACAGAGAGAGAAGCGCAGCCCCGCCCUCCACAACCUCCAGUCUGUUCGUGGCGUCGGUGCUGCUGGAGCCCGAGCUGGGCCUGACCCCCAUGCCCUCCCCGGCCCACCAGAGCUACGGCGCCCUGGCCCGCUCCCAGAGCCGCUCCAGCCACGGCCCCGCCGAGGACGACAUGGAGGAGGGCGAGGAGGAGGCAGGGGGGCCCUCGGGGACCCACGAGACCCGGCUGCAGGACCCCCAGGACGGCCCCUACUGCUCUGUGAUGGACAGCACGGUGGGCUACCAGUGA